AUGUCUACGAUCAACAUGGUGAGAUCUGUAGUCUAUUCUAUAACCAAUAUCAAAGGGCGCAUUCAGAAAGACCCCCUGGGACCACAUGUGACACUAUGCUACAAAGACGAACGUCACUUGGCUAAUGGAACUCAUGUUGCAUGUCAUGGCUAUGUGGAAGGGCCAAACAGCUUGAAGUAUGUUAAAUCUACGCAUGUUGGAGAAAAGGUGGACACUUGGGUGAAAAAGAGCGGAGGGAUUGUCUGGCCACCUGAGGAAGAGCUCGACGAAGCCCCUCAGAUUGGAUAUGGACAUUUUUGGGGGGAAAAAACCACUGAUGGUGCAGGCGUUAGUACUUAG